CGCAGGGUCAGCUGAUCAUUCACUACCAGUUCAGCUUCACCACCUCGUUCAUUGUUGCAGCUCGGACGGUUUUCUGGAGAAUCCGACGGUGUGACAUUGGUAACGUAAACCGCUCAGCCCCUUAAGAGGAACCACACUGUCAAAGAUGGCUGACACCAACCCAGGAAACCCUCCUCCUCCCCAGCUGGGACCUGUGCAAUUUUUAAUGAGCAACAAGCUGGAAACUGCAAUGUGGCUGUCGCGUCUUUUCACUGUUUACUGCUCAGUAAUGUUUAUUCUACCAAUCUUGGGACCAUAUGCUGCAGCUAAUUUCUAUCAGAGAGCCUUGUUGGCGAAUGCCCUCACCAGUGCGCUUCGUUUACACCAGAGGCUUCCCCGCUUUCAGCUGAGCAGAGCCUUCUUGGCCCAGGCUCUGCAGGAAGACAGCUGCCAUUACCUUCUCUACUCUCUCAUCCUGGUUAAUUCCUACCCUAUCACAAUGAGCAUUUUCCCAGUUUUCCUGUUUUCAUUGCUUCAUGCAACUACCUACACAAAGAAAGUUCUUGAUUCUCUGGGCCCCAACAGCUUAAUGUUCAUCAGGAACCUCCUAGACAAGCUAACAGCCAAUCAGCAGAACAUCCUCAAGUUUAUUGCUUGCAAUGAGAUCUUUCUGAUGCCAGCUACGGUUUUCAUGCUCUUCAGUGGCCAAGGAAGCUUGUUGUUGCCUUUCAUUUACUACCGAUUCCUGACUCUCCGCUACACAUCCAGAAGAAACCCUUACUGCCGUACUUUGUUCACUGAACUGCGGAUUCUCCUGGAGCACUUCAUCAUGAAGCCCGCCUGUCCCGCCUUUUUCAGAAAGAUGUGCCUCAACAGUAUCGCCUUCAUCAGUCGCCUCGCUCCCACAGGGGUGUGAUCACUCUUUAUUUUUGUUAUCUACCCGUUUUUAUUUUUCAGCCAUUCAAUAUGUGACUUAAAUUAUGAUUGGGAAAGACACGGCCGUCAAAGGAAGAAACUUUUUGAAUGUCAACUUUCCUGUCUGAGCUCUGACGUUUCUGUAUAUUUGAGUGCAUUGGAAGAGCGGCCAGUAACGCACUGAAGUCUCGUGAUUUGUUUCAUUACCUCCUUACUGUGACCUCAUUCAAGUGGUGGAUACCUAGUUGAGUUCUCUUCACUUUGUUACGCUUACAAAUGGAGAAUGGCAGACAUCAGCUGUAUUGCUUAUUGGCUGUUUUUGUUUUUCCCUUCAUGUCGUUAUUUAUUCACAAAAAUAGUUUAUUCUAAAAAUUAUCAUUCUCAGAUUAGUCACUUAAUGUGCUUAUACUUAAUUUAUAAUGACCUUUCUUUUAACACUUGUAUGUUUCUUUGCACCUUUCCAUCUUCUCACUUAUCAUGUGCAAAGCAUCUAAUGUUAUGAUUUGUUUAAAUGCCUGACUUUAAAUGUUCUUUAUUGAUGCCAUCUGCUAACUCCUAAACAUUAUAUAAGAUUAGAUCAUUAAGAUGUAAAAGUGGCUGUUUAAAAUGAAAAAAUAUCUGCUGUAUUU